AUGAUUCUUAUUUCUGCUUCUGGUUAUGUGGUAACUUAUUUUAUUAACAAGCGAUUGAGCGGCGCUUCUCAAGUUUCGUCAGCAAUUUCUGCAUUUGUGAUUGGUAUUCUUGGAAAUGUAUAUUCAAGAGUUGGUCAUGGUUUAGCAUUCGCAGCGAUGCUGCCAGGUAUUUUUGUCAUAGUCCCUGGAGGAGUUGCUUCCCAAGGAAGUUUAGUGUCAGGUAUCCAAGUAGCCGAUGAUAUCGUGGCCAAUCGUACUGAACUAGCCAACCAACAAGCAAUGGCUACAAGUGCCAUGUCGUUGGGGAUUACAAUGAUUCAGGUAUGUAUUGGCAUUACUGUAGGACUUUUCGUUGCUACACUAUUUAUAUACCCCUUUGGUAAAAAGAGGUCUGGUCUAUUUACAUUUUAA